UUUUUGUUUACGUAUCUUUUUUAUCGUGUGAAGCGCGCGAAUGCAUAGUUGCCGUUACCUAAAUAGUUUUGUUUUUAUUAAGUUUGCGGUUUUUGUGCUGCGCUCAUAGAAACAUUUUGUAAUUGUCGUGAAAUUGUUUGCUCAGGCCUGAUCGCCAGGUCGGUCGACUCGAUUUUUGCGACGGGGCCAAUUAGAAGAAGCGACUAGCAGACAGUAACUAUCAGCCGGCAGGUGCAACUACAGGUGUUGUGUGUUUGGCCAACGGCAAACGGCAAACGGCAAGCGGCAAGUGGCAAACGCCACCAAGUGGCAUAAUUUGCGGUUGCAGUUGCAGUUGCCCGCGUCGGGCGCAACGGGAAAUUGGAAAAUCGGAAACAUGUUCUUGCGGCGUCGCCAGCCGCAGCCGCAGCCGCAGCAACAGCCACAGCCACAGCCAGAGUCAGAGCCAGAGCCACAGUUGCUUUCCUCUCUUAUCUGGCAGAUGCAUCGACAAGUGCAUUUUGUGUGUCAUGCUGGUUGGGCAACCAGAACGGCAAUCGCACUGGGCGUGUUUCUUUUAGCAGCCACAACACCUGUCGCUGCUGCAGCCGCCACUUCAGCUGACGGCGCUGCCGCCACUUCUAUGCAAAUCCAGACAUUGCAGGUGAACUGCACGCGCGAGCUGCUGGAGAUGCAGCUAACAUUGAACCGUGCAUUCCGGGGCCUGCUCUACGCCAAGGACUUUCCACUGGAGUGUCGCUCGCGCGGUCAGGAUGCCACCCACAUAGCCUUGCGUUUGCCCACCUCGGGCUGUGGCGUGCGCGCCGAGCCGCUGCCAGACGGCGGCAUGGAGUAUUCAGUACGGAUCAUGCUCCAGACGGAGCAGAAACUACGCCAGAGCACGGACAUUCUGCGCACCAUACGCUGUCAGCUGCCCGCGAAGGCUAUGGGUAUGCCGCUGCCGCUGCACGGCAGAGAUCGCAAUGCACGUAUGCGCGCCUUGGCCGUUGUUGCGUCUGCGGCAGCAGCACCGACGCACUUCAUGGACACGCCACGGGUGCGCAUUUGGCUGGAGCUGGGCGGUCCGAAUGGUUCGGGCUCCGUGGAAGUGGGCAUGGCCACCACCUUAACCGUGCGCGCCAUAGUGCCGGGCACGAUCGGUGUACGCGUCGUCGACUGCGCUGCUCUAGAUGGCUUGGGUGAGUCUACGCAGCAGCUGCUCGACGCUCGCGGCUGUCCCAUAGACGAGCAGGUAAUGCCAGCAUUGCACACAAGAUUGAAGCCCGCUGAGGAGGGCUGGUCCAAGCAGCAUGAGGAAGAUCUGGUCGAGCGCACGUUUAUGGCCACAUUUGCCGCCUUCAAGUUUCCCGAUCGCGAGCGACUGCACGUGAGCUGUGGCGUGCAGCUCUGCAAGGGGAAGUGCCCAAGUCUGAAUUGUCGCCUCGCCGAGCAGCAACUGCACCUGAACGGCGAUCACCACCUGGCGCGCAUCGAGGUGUUCAACUCAUUGGCCGUGACAGCACCGCAAAUCGAAGUGGAUCGUCUGCGCUACGAUCGCCGCUACAAUAUGAGUGUGGAGGAUUAUGUGCCGCAUGUGCGUCCGCUGGUGGGCGAGGGCACGUUGUGCCUGUCCAUCUCAAAGUUGGCCAUAUCGUUUUGCAUACUGGGCUCCAUCUUUCUGGUCGCUGUCAUUGUGGCCAUCUUUUCGCUGAUUCGCACGCGUCGACGCCAGCAAGGGCGAUGCUUGGGCUUGGGCAUGGGUUUGUCUGGCGCUGGCACAGCGACUGGCAGCACAUCGAACAACAGCAGCAGUCGGCUGCAUCGUGCCGAAAUAUGUACAUCGAUGUUCUCCUCCAGCAGCGAAUCGGCCCAAUCUGGCCCACGUUUUGGCGGCAAGUUUUUGAUGCCCUUGCCGUACUAUCCAACUACUUUGCCCUAUGGCCGCGUCUAUUGAGUGCGUGAAAAUGUUAAGAUUCAUUUGUAACUUUUGUUUCGAUUCGGGCGUAUUUUGGUAAAACAAUUCUAUAGACUGAUGUGGCUUCAAUCUCAAAUAUGUAAUUCGUUUAACGAAUUCUCAACGAAAAUACCAAAAUAAUUUAUAG